ACGCCCAUCCCCGGCAGACUAGCUCAGUCUUUUAAUAACGCGGGCCAGUUCGGUGUCAGACCUCACAGGACUAAGACGUCGCGCAUCGCUUCUCUGUCAUCCCCCACGUCGGCAGAUAGGCAACUGUAGAAGUACAUCGAUUGUUCAAGUCAGCUUUUAAAAAAAUCUACUAACAAUGAGUUCCUUCGGAUUCAAAUCGUCCAUAAUGUCAUCCUCCAAGUCCCUGAGCAUCGUCAAACGCGAGUCCUUCCUGGACGACUCCUUCUUCAAGGAAUCAUGGGAGGAGUUCGACAAGGCCAUGCAGAGUGUCCUCGACAAGUUUGACACCCAAGGUCUCAAGGUCGACGGUGGGUCCCGAGUAGCUUGUCGCGAUCUCUACAGCAAAAUCAGAUCCAGCAAAAUCGAUGAGGACCUCUACGCGUCCCAGGCUCUCCAGAUCACAGAGAAAGAUGGCAACUUUGCGGCUGUCAUGGACGUGAAAGACUUCAACCCCAACGAGUUGCAAGUUCGCGUAGUUGACGACAGAGUGGUCGUAGAAGGGAAAUACGAAAAGAAAUCCGAAGAUGGCUCUUCAAUGUCGUCGAAAUCCUUCUACAAGGAAUUCACUCUGCCACAACUGGCCAACAUUGACCUCGUCUCCACUGCUCUCUCCAAGGACGGUGUUCUCACUAUCAAUGCUCCAAAGAGGGAAGGCGACGCCCCUAACCCUAGCGGUCCCCUCACCCAGAGCAGUUCCUCCGUCCAGCAGUCGUCCUCCUUCCAGCAAUCUUCAGGCGCCUCAGCCACCUCUGCCUCAUCCAUGACAUCCACCAAAAAGGUCUCCAUGAGCUCAAGUUCGACCUCCAGUUUCUCUUCUUCCUCGUCCUCCACCUUCAGCUCCAACAUCAGCAGCUCGAAGAUAGGAGGCAUGGAGUCCCUAGAGGACAUGGCUAAGGACAUGAAGGACCGGCUCGUCUUCUCGCACGAAUCGGUGAACUUGAAGUUGCCUGAGCAGUAAACGAAGCAGCUUCGAUGAACUCAUGGCGACAGUCAUUUGAUAUCAAGCCACAUUUCAAUAAUUCCUUGUCACAUUUUUUUUUGGCUUUUCUGAUUGAAUAUUGAGAUAGGGAUACCUAAAAAAAAACACACACACACACAGCGCACUUUCAAAUCAUGGGGUAUUUUAAAGAAAGCUUAUCAUGACAAUCGUUGUGUUCGGUUUCGAGUUGCCAAAGAGUAUCGAACCGUUAGUUCGAUUCCGACAUGCAAUGAAAUUUGCUCUUGAAAUUAUUAUUUAUUAUAAAUUCAUAAUAUGUUUAAUCUGUUAUUUAUUAAUAUACGCAAUUUGAAAUCACUCCUUUUAAGCCCAAAAGAAUUAGCAAACGCAUUAUUGAAAGGAAAUGCGUCCUCAAAAUUGUGUAUAAGUGGUUCAGUGCUCUGAACAAUUCGGAACUGAUACCAACGAGCUUCGAAGCACAAAAGGGCAAAUUCUCUGUCAAGGGGUUCACUAAUUUCAAGGUAUUCUUAAGCUAAUGGCUCAGAUGGACAAAAUGGUGUUUCAGAUCACACUGGAAAAUGAAUUUUUGAUGCUAUUUUUAAUACUUUUAACGCAAGAAAACCGAAUUUUUAUUUGGUAAUAGUUUAAGCUUGGAAAUAUAACUAAUGGCCACAAUUGAAUGAAUCGUAGACACAAAAUUAAAUUAUCUUGUCAAGAAACCGUAAACAUCAAGAUGAAAUUUGCUUUUCAUGGGACAAGACGUGGUGUUGGUGUAAUCUGAUAUAUUGCUUUCAUUCUUAAUGAAGUCAUUUUUUUUCUGCCACUUAGGAAAUUAUCAUGUGUUUGAAAUGAACAGCACGACAAUUGCCAAGCGUCAUAAUUGUUCAAUGAAAAUACGACAGAUCUCUAUUUGAAAGGUUUCUUGAACUUGCUGCUGAAAUUUCACAUUCUUAUUUAAUCAUAGAUAGCGACACGAAUUUUUGUAAAAGACACAUAGUCUUAAGUAACCCUUUUUUUUUAAAACAUAGAAUUGUCUUUUUUGUAUAAAGGGCGUCGCCCUGUAGACGCAGGGCAGCGCGAUAGGUAAUUAGCAGUUCAUUUAAAAAAAGAAGUACACGAAAAAUUCACAUUAUUACCAGGUGUAAUUAAUGUAAACAAAAAGAUGUUUCGGUUAUCAACCCACAGGCUCAGAUCUUGCGAUUGUACUCAGAGUUGUGGAGUGGAAUUUAAAUUUUGCCCGAUUUCCCUUCAUGAAGGAGAAAAUUCUGUCAUCCAUUCUUACCACAUAACCAAACCAUCUCGAAAUACUCUAUUCCAGUGGUUCUCAAUCAGGGAAGAAUUCCCUCUUUAGUGGGGAAUUGUGACCACAGAUUGACAGGCUCAAACUGGCUCCAGUGACACACAAAACGCUGUGUGCAUUGGAUUUUUAGUAUUAUAUGCAUAUUAUUUGGAAUGCACCUUUUGAGGCAGACAAUUUUGGAAAGGGGGAUGGAGACUGGCAUUCUGAUAUAUGGUGGAAGGGAGCAUGGGCCAAAAAAAAGGGUGAGAACCACUGCUCUGAUCAGUCUUUUCACCUUGUGAUCUAAAAAGAAGUUCAUAUAAUCCAAGUGAAUCUCCUGUCAUUUGUUUUUCCUUCUUCUUAUUCUUCUUCUGAGUUACGUCAAGAGACGAGAGCAUCUUACCUGCACUUUUCCCCAACCCCCUUUUAAGAUUAAUUUGUUCAGAGUAUGUUUUUUUUUCGUCAAAAUGUCUUUUUAUGUAUUUGGCAUGUUCAUAAGUCUGUGUAGCAAACGCUCAAAUUUACAUUGUUCGUUCUGAGUUCCCUCAUGUACGUAAUAUAAUCCCUUAGCAUUAAACUUUGAUCAUUAAACUUUUAUUUGGUGUAGAAUUUGUACCUUAGAACAAGAACCGUAACUCCUGAACAUUAUUUUUUAUUCUUCAUACAAAAUCACUUCUAAUAAUUCAUAAGUUUAGUCAUUGGUUUAGCAGCUCUGGAUUACACAUUGUAUGUUUACGUUCUCACUUUCGCCUUUUAUUUAUUAAAUAAAUAUUAUCUUUGUCAAUUCCCUUUUGAGUGUCCUGUGAUAAAUCAUGCAAUAAAGGUUUUUAUGGAUUAUCA